AUGACUCGACGGCCAUUCUUCAUUGAAAACCCCAAUGUCGGGGACAACUCCUCCCUGGAAGACUCGAGAAUUCGUGGAUACAACCCUCUCACACCCCCCAACCUCCUCCAACAUGAAAUCGCCAUGACGGAGAAAUCCCGGCAAACGGUCAUGGAAGGCCGUGACGAGGCCAUUGCCAUCGUCCAGGGCACGGAUUCCGACCGUCGCCGUUUGCUGGUCGUCAUCGGUCCCUGCUCCAUCCAUGACCCCGAAAUGGCCCUCGAAUACUGCGACCGCCUUCUGAAGAUGAAGGAGAAAUACAAGGAUGAGCUGCUGAUUGUGAUGCGCUCCUACCUGGAGAAGCCCCGCACCACCGUCGGCUGGAAGGGCCUCAUCAAUGACCCCGACAUCGACAACAGCUUCAAGAUCAAUAAGGGUCUGCGGACUUCCCGCCAACUCUUCGUUGACCUGACCAACAAGGGCAUGCCAAUUGCCAGCGAGAUGCUGGAUACUAUAUCCCCGCAGUUCCUUGCCGACUGUCUCUCGGUCGGAGCGGUUGGUGCUCGCACAACUGAGUCGCAGGUCCACCGCGAGUUGGCUUCGGGUCUCUCCUUCCCUGUCGGAUUCAAAAACGGCACGGACGGUUCCCUGGAGGUAGCUGUGGAUGCCAUUGGCUCCGUCAAGCACCCCCACCACUUCCUUUCGGUCACCAAGCCCGGCGUUGCCGCCAUUGUUGGCACUGUGGGCAACCCCGACUGCUUCGUCAUCCUUCGUGGCGGAAAGAAGGGCCCCAACUACGAUGCGCAGAGCAUCACUGAAGCCAAGGCCAAGCUUAAUGCGCAGGGCAUGCCCCCACGUCUUAUGGUUGACUGCAGCCACGGCAACUCGCAGAAGAACCACAAGAACCAGCCCAAGGUGGCGGCUGUUCUCGCCGAACAGAUCGCGGCCGGUGAAACCGCAAUCAUGGGUGUUAUGAUUGAGAGCAAUAUCAACGAGGGCAGCCAGAAGGUCCCCCCGGAGGGCAAGGCCGGUCUCAAGUACGGCGUCAGUAUCACCGAUGCGUGCAUCCACUGGGAGGAUACUGAGCUUGUGCUCGAGAACCUUGCACAAGCUGUGAUCUCCCGGAGGGAGAAGUUGGCUGUCAACGGAAGUGGUGCUUCUAACUGAGCUGCAGCAGAGGGCUCUUUUCAAUCUUAUUUAUGAGGUUAAGCACAACUUACGUCAGACAUACCUCUUCUCAACGCACGGCUAAAAAUGGAUUCAUGGGUUCUUUGAGCGGUUGUCACUUUGGAUCAAAAGUCGAUGUCUAUUUUGGCUGCGAUACAUGGCUGUUGCAGUCGGAUAAAUUUAAUUCUGGCGUUGAACGGCAGCCACAUUGAACAUUGUGCCCGUCAUAGUUUGCACGAAAUUGAAUAGCGAGAUAUAGAUGAUGAUGUUGCCUUGCAUAUCAUGUAGCCCUAAUCUCAUGAUCCGACUCGGGACGAGGAUUGGCCGAG